AUGACUUCAUCAAGUUUUUCACCAGCUUCACCACCUGUCUUCAAUGGAGAGGGCUUCAACAUUUGGGCAGUCAAAAUGAGGACUUACCUGCAGGCAUUCGACCUAUGGAAAGUUGUUAACUCAAAUGCUGAGCCACCACCUCUUCGAGCCAACCCAACGGUUGCUCAGAUAAGGCAACAUACGGAUGAAAGAACAAAAAGGCACAAGGUCAUGUCAUGCAUACAAAACUGUAUGACAGGUGUGAUCUUCAUGAGGAUCAUGGCCUGUAAAACACCAAAGGAGGCUUGGGACAAGCUGAAAGAAGAGUUUCAGGGGACUGGGAGAACAAGGCAACAACAGCUGCUCAACUUGAGAAGGGAUUUUGAAAAUCUCAAAAUGAAAGAUGAAGAAACAGUCAAGCAGUAUUCAGAUCGAAUUAUGGCUGUUGUAAACAGCAUAAAGCUCCUUGGAGAGCAAUUUAGUGAAGCUAGAAUAGUUGAGAAAGUCAUGUCCACUUUACCAGAAAGGUAUGAAGCCAAAAUUUCAUCUCUCGAAGACUCAAGGGACUUGACAACUAUCUCCUUAACUGAGCUAAUCAAUGCCUUGUAUGCACAAGAGCAAAGAAGAGCCAGCAGAUAA